GAUUCUUUUUACUCCUCUCUCGCACAAAGAGGAUCAUGAGCUCAUUCAUCGACGCUGCCGAUCGCCACCUCUCUCGAGAUCCAUUUCCUCUUUUGUUUUGUCAUCGUCAUUCACGCUGUUCCUUGGAUUGCUUGGAGUUCUCGCUCUGAUCGCGUCUUUUCCUCUUCUUCAAUCAAUCAUAGAAGAAAAGAAGAAGAAGAAGAAAAGGCCAGAUCUUUUAGCUUGAGCGACAGGCGCCCGGUUUGUGCGGAUCCUUGCUGCUUCUCGGAAUUCCUGUAAUUUUUGCGCAGAUUAGGGGAUUUGUAGAAACGUAGUCUAAAAAAGAGAAUUUUGGAAGAGAUUUUGGCUAAAAGUUUCGAUUUUGGGGGUAUGGAGAGAAGGGGGAGGCAGCACCGCCGGAGCGCGACGCUCUCCGAUCAUCUCGCGGCUGAGGAAGCUCCUUGUAAGCUUCAGGAGCUACUAAUGAUCAGGGACGACGCGGACGAGAUGAGCGCCUUGACAGCCGUCGCUGCGUGCGCGAGGAGCUUCGCGUCUUCCGCCGCCGCCGCCGCCGGCGGCGGAGGGAGGACUCUGGUGGAGAUCUUGCGGGAGGAGCAGGAAGCGGGUGAGAUCGUUGUGGGUGGUAAUUCUAGCAAUGGAGUCAAUUGGAGGUCGUUGGUCGCCUGCUUCUGCCUCCGCCGAGCUGGCACCGCCGGCGUCGCGGCGGCAUCGUCGUCCGGCCACGCCAGCUUGCUCCCCUUCCCUGCCCCCGCCGGCUCAAAUUCUCCUGCAUCCACCUCCCUCCGCGGAUCCACAGCGUCCGCCUCCACUGCAGCAUCGCCGCCGGAGGAGCCUCCUGCGGGCGGCCAAGAAAUCUCCGACCUCCGGCCGCCGGCUUCGGCUACCGCGGCGGCGGCGGGGGUCUCCCUGAUGUCGCUGCUGGAGCAGACAGACACGCAGUGGAGCAACGGAGUCGAGGCCGCCUCCCCUCCGCUGCUUCCGGACGACGACGAACCGGCGCUGGACGACAUCAUCGACGGCGGCGGCGCACUCCGCGUCUGCUGCGUGUGCAUGAUGCGGCUCAAGGGGGCGGCCUUCAUCCCCUGCGGCCACACCUUCUGCCGGCGAUGCUCCCGGGAACUCUGGGUGAACCGCGGCAGCUGCCCGCUCUGCAACGACCACAUACUGGAAAUCCUCAACAUAUUCUAAAACCCCUCCCUCCUCCGGCCGGCGCCGGUUCCUGAGAUCUUCUUCCCCACGCCGUCAGCAAUCAUGAGACCAAUUAUUUAACCGUAUUUUGUCUGUGCCGGGAAUCCCGAGAAUUUUGCGCCAUUGAUUCUUCUUCAGACUAAAGGACUAAUCACGUUGCUGUAACAAAUAAUACAGAGUACAAAAGUCAAAGUAAAUGAGUUGGACAGUGUGGCUGUCUCAGUUUGUCUCGCUAGACGCAGGUAGGCAAGCCACGCAAUCAAUGAUUGUAAAAGAGAUGUCUUUGUCCCAUAUGCCAGGGUGGAAUGGUAAGUGAUGGAAGGAUUUAGGGCAAUGGUAAAUGAUGGAAGAGACUCUCCGAGCAAUGAGAGUUUGAGUGUAUUAGAGUUGAGAAAUUUGAAUGUAUUGUGAUGUUGGAACA